GUGUAAGUGUAACCAACCACUAACUAACCAACCAGGAAAGGAAAAAUCUACGCGUCGAACGACGUCGUUGCUUAUGGGAGAAGAAAUUAGGGCGGGAGCCUGGGAUAUCAGGAAGUCGACGAACUGAAACAGCGAACCAAUUCGACUUCUCCCGAAAUAGCCUCCGCCGCCCCAACCUCCCUUCCGGCUUCCUCUACCGCCUUUUGCUACCGGCCGCCGUCCGUUGCCGACAAUCUCCCCUUCGAAUCCAUCCGCCGUGCCUUCUCAUCUGUAUUGGUGGACAGGUGAACUAGUGAAUUAAUUGACUGAAAGCCAUGGGAAGAGCCAAGAAAGGGCCGAAGUUCGCGGUGAUGAAGAAGAUGGUCACCUCAAAGGCAAUUAAGCAAUACAAGGAGGAGGUUCUGAACCCGAAUAGGAAGGACCUUUCCAAAGAACAACUUCCUAGAAACGUGCCGAAAGUGUCUUCAUCGCUUUAUUUUACGCACAACACAGCUUUGGGGCCUCCAUACCGGGUUCUGGUGGAUACCAACUUCAUCAAUUUCUCUAUUCAAAACAAAUUGGACUUGGAGAAGGCAAUGAUGGACUGCCUCUAUGCGAAAUGCACACCUUGCAUCACUGAUUGUGUUAUGGCUGAGCUUGAGAAGCUAGGUCAGAAGUACCGUGUGGCUUUGAGGAUCGCUAAAGAUCCACGUUUUGAAAGACUACCCUGCAUCCAUAAAGGAACAUACGCCGAUGACUGCAUUGUCUCCAGGGUCUCUCAGCACAAAUGCUACAUUGUUGCAACUUGCGAUCGGGAUUUGAAGAGGAGGAUACGUAAGGUCCCUGGUGUGCCGAUAAUGUAUAUCACCCAACAUAGAUAUUCAAUUGAGCGUAUGCCGGAAGCGACAAUAGGCGGGGCUCCAAGAUUCUGAUGAUGUGGAGAUCCAGAUUGCUUUGGCCAUGCGAGAAACGAAAUGAUUUUCUCUUAGAAAUUGAAGUGUUCGAGAAGGAAUUUGCGAAGUUGUAUGAUCAAUCGUCAGUCAGUGGGAUUCUGGCUCACUCCUAAGAUCUCUUUUAUACUUAAUGGCUGUAAUCAGUGUAAUGACUUCUUUCUUGCAAACUAACUAUAUGGUAAUGAAUAACUUGUUUAUUAUUUAAAUUUUUAAUGAUAAUGAUAAUGAGGUUAAAUUUUUUGCAUUUUAAUUGUUUUAGUUUUUAAUUGUCAUGUCAUAACAUUUAAUGAUCAAUUAUGUGAGUUGACUGCACAGUAGACAGUUAACGGAGUUGGACAGAGAGUUAUCAAACAUGACAUGUUUUAUUAAAUCUAAUGACUAUGAACGAAAAUAAAUAUUUUUAGUUAACUAAACAUGAACUUUUUUAGUAAUUUCAAUGUCCAACCUCGUCAUUUACUCCUGAAUAUUUUUAUAUUAGUUUCCGCCGUAAUUUCGAGAGUAGUUUUACGAAUCAUUUUUAUCAUUAAAUUAUUUAUCAUGCAAAGAAAUGUUUUUUUACAAUCACAUAUAGAAUAGGCUAGCAUAGCAGAAGACUAUAAGUAUGCAACUUCUAAUAAAGUUUUUUAUCGGAU